AUGGCGAGCGGGAACGAGACAGUUGUUUACUUCUCCGAGCAGGUGGUCGUGCUGUGCUCGUGCGCGCUCUCCUUCCUGGGCUCGUCGCUGAUCAUCCUCACCUACGUCCUGUGGGCAGAUUUACGCACCACCCCCCGCAGGCUGCUGGUCUUCCUCUCCUUGUCGGACUGGCUCUCCGCCGUCUCCUACGCCGUCGGAGUGUGGAGCGUUUUCCGCAGCGACUCGCUGGAGUGCGUCGUGCAAGGAGCCGUGUCCACCUUCGCCAACACCAGCUCCUUCUUCUGGACCGUGGCCAUCGCCGUCUACCUGUACGUGUUCAUCGUCCGGUCCAGUCAGAGGGUCGCGGACAGCCUGGUGCUCGUCUUCCACCUGGUCAGCUGGGGCGUUCCUCUGAUCAUCACCGUUGCAGCCGUGAGCCUGAGCAAGAUCGGCUAUGACGCGUCCGAGGUGUCGGUGGGCUGGUGCUGGGUCAGUAUCCACGCCCCGGACCGGGUCCUCUGGAUGCUGGUGACGGGAAAGAUCUGGGAGUUCCUGGCCUACCUCACCCUCCCUGUGCUCUACAUCCUGAUCAAGAGGCACAUCCACAUGGCGCACACUGCCCUGUCAGAGUACCGUCCCAUACUGGCCACCAGGCCUCCAUCCUUCUCCUCCAUGGCGGACACGAAGCUGACGCUCAUCCCUGUCAUCUUCAUCGUGCUGCGGAUUUGGAGCACCGUGCGCUUCAUACUGCUGCUGGCGGACUCACCAGUCAGGCAGCACCCAGUGCUGGUCACUCUUCAUGGUAUCGGCAACACGUCGCAGGGAGCAGCCAACUGCAUCAUGUUCGUGUUGUUUACUCGACCAAUCCGCACACGGCUGUGCUCUGCGCUCUGCUGCUGCUCCUCCUCCACGUGUCGAGCGGGGUCAAAGCUCUCACAGGAGCCCUCUCACACGCUGCUGCCGGACCAGGAGGCCUCCACACAGAGAGAGGAGGACGACACCAGCAAAGCCGGGAGUCAAAGAUGAUACUUGGUUCUGUGGAGGAGAGGACGGACACAGUUUGACAUAAAGGAAGUGACGGGUGGCCUCGUCCUCGCUUCACACUGAAACUCAUUAGAAGCAGGAGCCUGCAGAGCGGGUGGGGGAUUCUGCAGGUGCACGCACACGUGUGUCACAUGGCUGCACUCUGGGUGAUUAGGCUGAGGCUGAUGUGAUGACUCUGCACCUGCACCAGCAUUUUUGUGUUCAUCAUCCAGAUUCUUUUUGUACAGACUUACUGUACAUCAAAGUUUUUAUUAGUUUUUUUUAUUUCUUUUUGCAUAUUUUGAAAAAUGGUUCACAUCCUGCACACAUCACUGAGGAUUCAGCUAUUGUGUUUAUGGAGGAAAUGACAUUUUAGAGAUAAUGAAAGAAUAUAAACCAAAGCAUUAUCAGUAAAUGUGAUUAACAUACUGUAAAUAUGUUUAAGAUUUUUAUUGUCACUGAUUGAAUUUGUAUGUUAUGUGUGCUCAGUCAUGAGUAGUUCUAAAUGCACUGCUUCUGGGGCUUCAGUGGUCUUGCGACACCGCAACAUGAAACACUCAUCUUUUUCUAACAAGAUAUUCAAAGUAUGAUGUUGAAGUUUGAUGGAUAAUCACUUUUGCUACUUUUUUGUAACUUAAUUUUUUCGAAUAAGUUUUCCAAUAUAUAUCUAAUUGGACUUUGGGUGUGUGCAAAAGUACUUUUAUGUGUUAAACACGCUUACAUCUGACAAUCAAGAAAUAUAUGGGUAUGAUAUGAGCACCCUUUUCUGUCAAUUCUAUCAAAUAUAUAAACCAGAGUUGCAUUUUCUUGAUAUCUUAUUUUUAUUAAAAAAAAAUUCUCCAUUUUUAUAUAUAUAAAUAUAUAUUCUUGCUUAACCUGGUAGUUGCACCAUUUUUCAGGCAACGUUACUGCUGUCAUCGUGACUCAGAUGUCUGAACUAUCAUCACAUGUCAUCCUUCCUCCUCGAAACCCGAGGCUUUCUCAUGAGCCUCACUUCUCCUUUGACCCCUCCGGUCACCAGCUCCAGUUUGCCAGACUUAGCUACAGGCUGAUUGGAUACCAGCGAGGAGCGCGUGAACUCCAUGAACCCCCAGGGGGCUCACGGGGCUGCUGGAACACACACAUCUUACACACAGGGCCGCUGCCUAUAGCUCCUCCAGCUUGGUGGAAUGCUGUCAAUGUUGUUUACUGAGCUGUUUCUGAGAGAUAAGCUGCAUUCAAAUACGUUUCAUUAAAGUUUGUUGAAAAAGCUGAGGAGGGAAAAAACGUCUCAGUGUUGACCGUAAAUUUUCUCCCCCUCAAGUGAACAUUGUUUGCUUGGCGCUGUGAGGGCAAACACUUCCUGUGUCACGUGUGUUGAGUCACUUCGCUAAGUCAUGAUUGAGGAGCUGGUGACAUCACAAGAAACUCAUGUUUUUGUUUUAAGCCCAAUCUCGAGCUGUGGUUAGAGGAAAUAAAAAGGGCGCAAAUAAUGCAUCACUUGUGGUUUGAGGGACGUCAGUGUCGAUUUGGGUCCGGGCUGAAAUAUCUCACCAGCUACUGGAAGAAGUGGGAAGAAGGUUUAUUCAUGUUACCCAGAGGAUGAAUCCUGUCGACACUUGUCAUCCUCAGGUUUUGAGCCAAACAUCGCAACAGGUGUUUGGUGAAUUGUUUUGAAAUUUGGCACUGUCGUUCAUUUAAGAUUUAAUUUAGCACCAACAUAAGUUUAUAACCAUUUACCGGCAGAACUAAUGACGUUCCCAUGCGCCCCACUAUGCUUUUGUUUAGGGUUAACCAUAGUCUGUAUAUAAAGAUGGACGACGCGUCCCAACUUCUUCCCACUAUCCAGAAAUAUAGCCCAAAUAUUAGACAAUUAUUACCGUCAAAAAUGAUGGUUCUCCUUGCCGUAAACUGGACACUGACACUGUUCAGGCUCUAUAAUCUUGAGCUCGGUCCCGGAAGAAAUCUGUGAUGUCACCGACACCCGCCUCUCGCUGCAGCCUCAAAUUCAGACGAGCUGGUAAACGCCACCGUUCCAGUUAUUUGAUUUUGUUUAUAUUUUACCUUUCCACAGCUGUCGAACUCUUUUGUUAUCCAGUUGUCCAUAUCUUUUUCCAACAACGGGUGCGUUUCAGUAAAACCUUGAUUUUACUAUAUUGCUACUGUCUGUUCUUAACUCAAGACAUUUUUUAUUUUGUACGACAAAAGGAGAACACAUGCUCGACCAAUGGCAGACAACAUCCUACUUAACAAUGUUGCCAUACUGCCCUCACGCGUGUACAUACAACAGCUAGAUGGACAGGAAGCAGAGAGGAGAGGAGACAACCUCACCAGAUAAUAUUUUUAUUGUUAUUAUAUUAUUUUUGUCUGAAUGGCCAUUUUUGUACCAACGGAAAAUGUUCAAAACUGCUUGACUGAACUGGCAGUGUGACUGUUGAUUUUGUCACUGUAGAGCUAAUGGCUUCUGCGAGUGUGUGCGGUGUGUGUCGUCCUGUGUGAAUGCCUCAUGUGUAACAGAUGAAAAAGUGUUUGUGGAAACUUUUCUUUAAGUUAUUGUUGUUUCACUUGUAUGUAUAUGUUGGUUGUCCCAAAUUCUCUCCCAACACGACUGAUAUUUUAACUAACAUAAGUUGCUUUAUUGUCAACGAUUCACUGAUUAAAGACGCAGCCCUCUCA